AUGGAUUAUUUAUCUCCAAAUGCAGGUCAACAUGUUCCUGUUGGUCAUCCCGAUCAACAUAUAUUGGCAAGUGAAGGAGCUAAUAAUUAUUUAAUGAAUUUUUAUAUAACACAAAAUUCAAGUACAUAUCGACCACCUGGUGUACGACCGAAAUCAAAUAUACUUGGAGAUAAAUCAUUAACAACAGAAAAUCUAUCAACACAAAAACUUAAAGAUGAACGAAAAAAAUCUGGUUUUGUUAAUAAUGAAAGAUAUUAUUUACCUUAUACACGUACAAUUGAUGAACUUGAUAAUCCAAUACUAGGUCGUAUGUGUGCAGACAACUAUGAUACAUCUCAUCAAAUACAUUAUAAACCUUAUGAAUUACCUAACGGUACGGAAUCAUUACCACCAAAUAUAACUAAUCAAACAUCAGGUUUUUUUCGUGAACGUGCUGUACACAUUCCUAAUUCACUUGUGCCUCCAAUUGGUGGAAAAGAAGCAACAACAUAUGGUAUUAACUUUGCAAAACCGGCACAAACUGAACCAGUUAUUAUGGGACAAGUUGGUCCUAAAGAAAAUUCCGGAUUUGUAGCAAAUACUGAAAUUGAACCAUUAACAACAACAUCAGGUGAACGAUGGCAUUAUCGUUCAAGACCAACUGGUGCUAGUGAAUAUAAAGAUAAAUUUCCACAAUAUGAUUAUCCAAAAGGUGAUGAUCCUUUACUUACUGUUAUUGAUACAAAUACAAAAGUAUCAUCAGAUCGUGUUAUUAAUAAUUUUGUAUUACCGACAAGUGAAGGUCCUUAUGCUGGCGGUUCAUUUGCUCCUGAUUCUACGUAA